UUAUUUCCGCCGAGCGGGCUUCAGUCUAGCUCCCAGUGAGGUUGGGAUCGCGACGGCGUGAAAAAAGCCUCCAAAAAAGGUCAUUGUGCAAUACCGAGUGCGCGCGAAACGGCGGUGGAAAAUCUAGUGUGAAUAGCAUUCGUUGCGCUAAGCUUGUGCUGCUGAACAGCUGCAGCAUAUUGUAAGUGCCGGAAGUGGGCAGUGUCACAGAGUGAGCCACAGAAUCAAAGUUGAAUCCUGAAGUGGCGAAGGAGUGCUGAAAGCGUUUUUAAGACAAAUCUGAAAGUGCAGGUGUCGGGAUAUUUAAUGCAGUGAUAAUCGAAUCGAUUGGUGCUUUGAUCUUAUUGCGUAUAGUAGUGACAACAGGGCUGACCUCACAGUAGCGCAUUGUCUCAAUUUCCACUUGCCUCGAACUAAGCAGUCCAGUGUGAAAACCCGUCAACACAACUUUACAACGGCCCGUUGUGCUUUGUAACAUUUCGUGUCAACCAGGAAAGGGAAAUUUUCAUCAAUUCAGUGGAAACACAGAACAAAAAUCAACUAACAACCGCGAUAAAAACCCGCAAUAGCGAACCCAUAAUGAACCGACAAUUUCCACAACGACAAGAGCUGCAGGCCACCGUGCCAGUGAAGCUCCUAACAGCUGGGACAGCCGCAUGUUGGGCCGAUUUCGUCACAUUCCCGCUCGACACCGCCAAAGUGCGACUGCAGAUCCAGGGUGAACAACCAGUGCGCAGUGGCCCUCUCAGGCCCACUGUGGCCAGCAGCGUUGGCGGUGGUCCGAUACAGUCUUUCAAAAUAAGCCCAACGACAAUUCCAGCGAUACCUGCCGCACAACAUGUUCAAUACCGGGGGCUGGUCGGAACAAUCACCACCAUCACCCGCCAGGAGGGUUUUCGCACGCUAUACAGUGGCCUCUCGGCUGGACUUCAACGCCAGAUGUGCUUCUCAUCGAUCCGCCUAGGACUGUACGACUCAGUAAAACUAUUCUAUGCUUCUAUUUUCAAAGAAAACGAGGCUGGUCUUCAGAUAAUGACACGAAUCUGCGCUGGAAUGACCACCGGUGGGCUAGCGGUAAUGCUAGCCCAACCGACGGAUGUGGUCAAGGUGCGUUUCCAGGCAGCCUCUCAAUCAGCGACCGGCCGUCGGUACGCUUCCACGCUGGAAGCUUAUCGCACCAUUCACCGCGAGGAAGGCAUGAGGGGACUGUGGAAGGGUGCCCUGCCAAACAUUGGCCGCAAUGCCAUCAUCAACGUGGCAGAAAUUGUGUGCUACGAUGUGGUUAAAGAUUGUCUCAUUUCCUACGCCCAGAUGCCAAACGACAUCCGGUUACACUUCAGUGCUGCGGUGAUAGCCGGUUUCACUGCCACCGUUGUGGCCUCCCCUGUGGACGUUGUGAAGACACGGUACAUGAACUCACCGAAGGGACAGUAUCAGGGAGCGAUCGACUGUGCCAUCAAAAUGGGCAACAAGGAAGGAGUGGCGGCAUUCUAUAAAGGAUUUGUUCCCUCAUUCGCUCGGCUUGUCUCGUGGAAUGUGGUCAUGUGGAUCACAUACGAGCAGUUCAAGCUGAUCAUGUUUACGCCCAAAAUUGACGAACGCCAUUAGUUAGGGCUAAUCUGAUGUAUAUUUGUAACAUAUGACUGGAGAUUUCAAAGAUCCUUAAUGUAUAUUUUUAAAUUAUAUUGAGAUUGUGAUAAAAAAUACAAACGAUAACGAAUCUUGUGUAAGGAAUAAAAAUCAAAUAGCUA